GGUGCUUCAUAAGGCCUCAAAGCCACCUCCCCAUCUGCACGCCAGUGGGUACGCCAUUAACACAAGUUUCCUGUAAUUUAGCAAAUGGCAACUCUCUAUGAGCAAGAUUAAUAUCGGCAUGUACCUCCGGCACUAUACUGUAUAUACCGGACGUUGGAACGGAGGUAUUUAUCUCACUAUUGUUCAACCAAAGAUCACAAGUGAUCCGCUCCAACGUUAAGCUAAAUUCACGUUCCAGAUUUUGUUUCCUGCUGAUAUUUUCACAUGCAGGCAAAAUUUUGAAGUAGUUGUCCAUAAACCUGGUUUUGUUAUACCCGUGAGAGAACAAAGCAGGUUAUUUGUUAUUUCAAAACGACGGUGUAUUAGAGGUCGACGCUUAUUUCCUCUUCAUGGCGCUACUGUUGCAUAUCGUUAUCCUUCAGCAGCUGCUGUCGAUAUAUGCAUCAGCAACGACUGUCAAUGUCACAAUAAGGGAAAAUACAUUUAAGACCUGCACCUCGGCAUCGUGUGGCAAGGUAAAAUGUGGAGACGUGCCCGGUGAUCCAACUCCUUGUCAUUGUGACCAGGCGUGUGAGUUCUACAACGACUGCUGCGGAGACUACAAAAUGGUCUGCUCUGGGACGAACUCUACAGAGAGCACAAGGGGUUUCCGUGAAUCAAUGGGUGCUAUAGGAGAGGUGAACAUUGAGUGCAUCUCUCCAAACGCAGAUUCAUCAGAUGCUUUUUGGAUGAUCCAGUCAUGCCCUGGAACGUGGAAUGAUGAUGUUUUGCGCAAGAAGUGCACGUCAUAUGAGCCUUCAACAAACAUCGAUUUGGGGCUCUUGCCAGUGGUCCAUGGUGGUGUUACGUACAGAAAUAUAUUUUGCGCUGUCUGCAAUGGUGUCGAGUUCUAUAACGGCGGUCUCACUGGUUGGAAGUUUGAAUUCAGUUGCUCGAAGCAGCAUGCGUCAUUUGCCGAGUCCGAAAACAUAACAAUUCACGAACUGAUCAAUUAUGCAAAUUGCGAACCACGUUUUUCGCCUCCUUCAGGUGUGCCACAAAGUAGUCUUCGCCCCUGUCUGAACUAUGAUUAUGUAGCAGGUUGUCCGCCUGAUUCUCCACGGACUCUUCUAGAGGGAUGUAUGUCCUUUACUGGCAUCUUUACGGAAGAAUCGACAGGUCGAUACAAGAAUCCAUACUGCAAACUUUGCAAUGAGGGCGCAAUCAGUAAGAAUUGGACAACUGUUGAACAAAAAGAAUACGUGGAGAGAUUAUGCUCCUCUCCGGGGGAGUCUUUGACACCUGUCGUCGCGUCUAGCAGCAUUGGCAGUUUUGGCUUUAUAGACGAAUCUAUGGAACCCAGCGACAAUGAUAUCGGCAUGUCCCUGACACCGAUCUCCGUGAUUGUUGAUUUUUCUGGUAAGAGUGGUGUGUCCAUCUUCUAUUCUGAGAACAUGGUUGUGGAAAGGCAGGUGGCGUGUAACGUUGGUGAAGUCUACGAUCUGACAUCUGAUGGAUGUGUGGCAGUAACAUGUGCUGAUGGAUAUACACUCACUAAUGGUAAGUGUGUCAAGGAUGCACCGUCGGUCAAUCUAACCUGUGGUAACAAUAAUGCCAAUUUGGAGUUAUCCAUGACUGUGGUAAUAGCGACAGAGAGCAAUGACACGUGCCUGAAACUGGAAAUUCAUAAAUUGGGUCAGCUUUCGAAUUGCAUAGCUGUAAGCCUGAACUUGCCCAAUGAAUCAUUCACUAUUAGACAUCAGAUUCCACAGGAUAAUGUCACUAAACAAGUAGAUAAUAACACUAACUGCAAGGAAGUUAUGCAUGAGGGACGGGCUUACACAUCCAUGGAAUACACAUUUGACACAACAGUCCUUGAUUAUGAAGAGCUUGAAUACGCCAUCGACAAGUCGCUUCUGUACGUUUAUCAGCCAGCGAUGGGUUGUGAUAUUAAAGAUGUAGAAAUUUCACGCAGAUGUGUCGCGAUAGAAGGGCUCCCCAAUUGUGAUCGCGGUCGUAAGGAACUUUCUUAUUAUCAGUUUCAAAAUCAUAAUGGUACAUCAUUUGUUUACGACAACGAGACGGGCAACCUCUACCACCCAUAUGAGACGGAGCUAAUUGCGACUUACGACAGCCAAUAUCCUUCGACCAUUCGCACAUUCCAUAAGCAAGAAGUUGUUCACAUCUGCGACCGAGGGCACUUUCUUUCCUGUCCGCUAAUAUCUCGAAAUGUAUCGUAUUUCACCACAGUGGAAGGAAAGGCUAAUUUUCUAAGACAUGCAGCGACCGGGGAAAUACUUGGUCCAGAUGAAUACAUGGUGGCAGCAGAUGGCAACAUCCAGGUAUGUGUGCCAGAGGGAUCGGGUCAAAACGCAACAGUGAACGAAACCGUUGUGAAAUACUUUUUCCGGUACGAUCGGUCGCAGGUUAUUCUUAGCUAUGUUGGUGUGUGUCUGUCACUUGUUGCACUAAUCGCGACCUUCCUGACGUACAGUGCCUUCCCUGUCCUCCGACAGUGUGUCAGCAACAAACUUAUCAUGAUACUCUGUGUAGCUCUAUUUGCAGCUCAACUCCUACAAUUAUUGAAUGGCCUUGCAACACGAAACGACUACGCCUGCAUGAUAGUAGCAGUCGUCGGUCAUUUCCUGUGGCUCUUUGUUUUUGCCAUGACAACAGUUCUAGCGAUCGAACUGGAUAGAACUUUCGGCAGCUUGAACAACUUCAGCGUGUCCUCAGAUAGUCUCGUCUCUCUUUUGAAAUACACGACAUUCGCCCUUUCCCUAGCCGGUGCCAUCGUUGCCAGUUGUCUUGGGAUUCAUUUCACAAUAGGGGAAGAGAUAGACUUUCAUUACGGCAGUGAAACUCUAUGUUGGAUUGGUGACAGGACUGUGAAUCUAAUAGCAUUUGGUGGGCCACUCGCGAUUUUCUUAUUAGUAAACAUUAUAUUAUUUGGACACACAGUGCGCGGAAUAAGGCAUGUGACCAAGAUUCGAAAUCGUGCUAUCCGGCAUUCUACCACCUUGAAGGAAAGGGGAAAGGAGCUACAAAUAUAUUGGAAGAUAUCAACACUAUUAGGUUUCACCUGGCUUUUCGGGUUCGUAGCCGCUUUUGUAGGAGUGCCAGCCCUAUGGUACAUCUUCAUCAUCCUAAAUUCUCUCCAGGGCGUCUACAUUUUUCUUGCGUUCAUGGCCAACAAAAGGGUCUAUCACCUCUGGGCCAGCGUAUUGUGCUGCAGGACACGGGGUGACAAACUGACAAAGCAAGGAAAGGGCCAUCGUAGCAAUGGUAAAUCAACGACUUUGACACUGGUUGCAGGAACAGUAUCGACGGCAUCUGAACACCGUAUCGCCAACCAGUUCACAACCUGGAACUCGAGUGCGACAAAGGUGUGACAUGUGGCUUGAAACGUCUCAUUUUGUACAUCUUACAAGAAAUCACUGUAGCUUGUGGGUGCUGACCUAUCUUCUUACUGCUCAGGCAAAAACAUUCGACACAUGCACAUGUAGAUAUAAAAAAUCUCGCAUACCUGUAUUUAUUGGUUGAGAUCAAGCGACACCAGACUAAAAAAAGAACAAAAACCAACAAUCCAAAUCUUCAUCAGAAAAAAAAAAUAUUAUGUACUUAUUGU